CAUCUGACAGAUCUGUCAAAAUGCUAUAAAUCAUUUGACUUUUCGUGUAUAUUUAUUGUGAAAUAAUAAAAAUGGGUUUCGAUUAUUACGGUAUAUUAGGCGUGAAGCGAUCUUGCAAGCAGCACGAAAUAAAAGCCGCGUAUCGACGUUUAGCUCUCAAAUAUAAUCCAGAAAGAUACUGCGAUGACGAAAACAUGAAAAAAAUAUUCGCUUUAAUAGCCGAAGCUUAUGAUGUUUUAGUAAAUCAUAAGAGACGAGCCAUUUACGAUCAAUAUGGCGAAGAAGGUUUAAAGAGAGGAGUCCCCGGUCCGACUGAUUACAUACAUCCUUAUUCCUACCACGGCGACCCUCUAAGAACCUUCCACGAAUUCUUCGGUACUUCCAACCCUUACGCCGAUCUCCUAGAUUACUACGAGAAACCACUACCUAUAUUCGAGUCACCCCUUGGUAGGGGAUACAAGGAAAAAGAUCCUACAAUAAUCCGACCUCUCUCUCUAUCACUUGAAGAAAUAUACAAAGGUGGUUUAAAGAAGAUGAAAAUUCAACGCCUGGUGUUCACAAACGAAACAUGUUCUGAACUGAAAUUGAAAGAAAAAGUCCUUUCUAUACCAAUCAGACCUGGUAUGUAUCCUCAUACUGAGAUUAAAUUUAAAGAAGAAGGCGAUCAAGGACCUACUAGGAUACCAGCAGAUGUGAUAUUCCUCACAGAAGAUCGUCCACACGAGACGUACAUACGAUCAGGGUUGAGUGAUUUAUUGACAGUUCGAACUAUAUCAUUGAAGGAGGCUUUAUGCGGGAUUACAUUUACGUUACUGACGUUGGAUUCACGGGUUUUACGUAUUAAAAUAACGGAUGUCAUCACUCCGACGUUUGAAAAGAUUAUAGAAGACGAAGGUCUACCUCUACCCGCUUGUCCGACCAGAGCCAGAGGUAACUUAAUAAUACGUUUUAAAAUCACGUAUCCUGAUUAUCUAUCGAAGAGAAGUAAAAAGGCGUUUGAAGAAGCUUUCAAAAUUAAAGAGGAAGAUGAUGGGAAAUUCGAGAAAAUGGAAUGUGGUGACUUUAAUGCUAACAUGGCGUAAAUAUCUGAUUCAUUUUGAUUUGUGUUCUGUUUAUUCAUGAUAUUAGAUGUUGUUUACAUUA